CCUGCACCGAACGGAAGGUAGUUCUGCGAACAACACACUCGGGUUAUUAUUUUUUCUUUUCGGAAAUCCUCCGUUUUUUAAACCUCGCGCUCGUGACUUACUAUAUUCCCGCCGGGAAAAAGAAAACUCUCUGCCGAGAGCAAUUUGAAAUACGAGGAGAUACCGAACUCUCGACGAGAAAAACUGCGCGAUUUUUUUUGUUUCGAAGAAGAUAGAAAUUUGAUUUUCUCGCUUCACACAAUAUUCAAAAUAAAAAGAAGAAUUAAAAGAGAUUUUUGAAACGAACAUGAAACAUCGCGGGAUCGUCUUGGAUCCGGUGUGAACUUUGUUUCAAAGAAUCGUGGAGGAUUCUUUGGGCGAUAUCGAUCGAGAGAAUCGAUCGAUUGCCUCGGAGGCGCGGAAGCGCCUUUUCUUCUCCGGCCGACGUGAAAUUUCGGCGGAGCGAUCAGAUUUUUUUUUUUUUUUUCGCGAUCGCUCCGCUCUCCGCGAAGAGAAGAAGAGUCGAAUCGAAGCGUCCGUGUUGGCGGGGUGUGUUUUGCGCGUAUCGCGCGAUCGAAAGCAGCGCGAUUUGUGAAAGUGCGCCGGCGACGGCUUGUCAGGCCGGACAGGUGCAACAGCAGCAGCAGCAGCGACGCGGCGCCGUGAGGUGAGGACAGCGAGGAAGACAAAAAAAAAAAAAAAAAAAAAGAAAGACAAACGCGAGUGAACAAACAGAUUUGUUGUUUCUGAGAAAUCUGUCGAGAGAGAGAGAGAGAGUGAGAGAAAGAGAGAGAAAAUACUGAGACGCGAAAAGGAAGGUUAAAAUAAGAGACACAUGUUAUAUACAGAUACCAUUUAUUACUGACGAAGUAAUAACAGACAGGUAUGCGAACGGGUGUUGAGGUAUAACCAACGAGCACAAGAGACAUAUAGAGAAAGUGAUAUUUGUGUUUGUCGUUCUCCUGCGAGAGACUGACUGAGAAGAAGAAGAAGAAGAGAGAAAGCACGACGGGUGGGCACGACGAAACAGGUCUUUGUGGCACGUGACACGGACAAAAGUUCGCCGGUUUGUAUGGGAAAAGAUCGGCGCGCUUAAAUAAAAAAAAAAAAAAAUUUGUGUGCGUGAACGCGCGCGCGUUCGAUCGUUUUCACACGCCGCACCUCAUUCUUUUCCCGUUUUAUAUUCCCGAUGAGAUUGUAAUUCAUUUUUAAUCCCGUCAUAAAAUGUUUUUUUUCACAAUAGUAGAGUAAGCAAUACGUGCGCGGAGAUUGUUCUGGAAUCGCGGGAGAGAGAGACGAGAAGAAAAGAGAAACUUUGUAUAAAACGCGCGCGGACGAAGAGAGCGGAAGAAAGGUCGCGCGAAAUCACGUAUCAGAAAAGAGAGAGAGAGGAGAUAUGUGAUAAAUUGAUAUUGUUUUUUGUCGGAUACGCGAUAAAAAAGAAGAGAAGAGAGAAGAGAAUAGAGAGGAGCAGCAACGGAUUUGUGUGUUUCCCGGAUAUCCAAACGCGACUGAUCCGAUGUUUUUAAGAACGAGCGGCAGGUGACAAGCCAGUCUGAGCGCGACGACAGAUCCUUGAAAUAAUUCUUCCGUAGAAGCCUCGUCAGGAAUACAAAAAAAAAAAAAAACAAAAAAAAAAAAAAAACAUGUUGCUUCAACGACGAAGACUUUUUCGGUGGAGAAUGUCCCGUCUCGUCCCGUUGAUGUUUCUCGCUAUGAUUUGCGGCAGCGAACUGGCGUCCGUCAAUGUACCUCAAUCAUCAUCCACGUCUUCAUCCGACAAACAAAAAUUGCCCGUUAUCGGCUUCAAGGAUGUCAAGUGGGAAGCGUGGCUUUUGUUGGACACGGGAAUUGAUACCCAUGAGGUUGACGCGGACUCGGCGACUCAGGUGCGAAGGAUAACGCCGAAGAGCGUCUUUGUUGCUCCGAAAAUCGAAUUGUCCAAUUGUUCCGACGGUUAUUACGCGGACAACAUGGGCAGAUGUGUGAAAAACGUGAACGUUAACGAAGACGCGCAUCGGAAUUUUCUUUUAGAACGACUCAACGCUCAGUACGCGUUAAAACCCGUCAACAGAAAUAAGAAUCAGUCGAACGGUCCUCUGCAACUUCACAUUCCGCUCACGUCCAAUCUUGAAAAUCAGUCUCAUCAUCAGUUAACGAAAACCGAGAAGCAGGGGAUGAUGGCAACGUUUUUGGUGAAAGAUCCGAUUCUAUUGCCGAUUCGCGACGCGAUUCGUCCGGAUGACGAAAAGAAAAUCAUCAGGCAAACGGAAAAAGAACCAGCGAGCACAACGGCUAAGAGCGACACGACGUUGAACGAGGAAGCGAUUUUUUUUCGCAAACAUUUCGGCGCGAGCGACGCCAGCGACGACAACAAGACCGAUCGGAAACCCGUUGUGAUGAUUCCGGUGGUGGAAUUGGUCAAGGAAUCAAACGACACCAAUUUGUCCAAGACGGCGGAUUACAAGAUACCGCUGGACGUGAAGACGAUGUUGAAUAUCUUAAAGGAGGUCGAUGUGAGUAACGUUACGGAGAAAGAUGUCUCGGCGGAAAAGCGACAGACCUCGACCCAGGUGCAACCUACCACAUUGGUGCUUCUGCUCUCGUCUACGGGUUUGCCAGACUCGAACGAUCCGUCGCAAAAUAACGACACCACCGAUCAAACCGUCCGAUCCAACCUCACCUCGACAACCGUUGCGAAAGAGACGACUGGCAACGUCGUAUCGAGUUCCACCACAGUUCCAACCGACACGCACAAUUCCACAGUUCCAUCUGGCGCACACAGUUCCACCACAGUUUUGCCGAAAGAUUACACGAUUACGGAAGUUGCGCCAAUUGCGGCGAAUGAACAUCGUCGGGACGACAACGAAACACAUACGUUGGAGAAAAAAAACGAAUUCAAAGUAUUGGAAAAUUCCAAAUUGAACGAAUCGCAAGAAAUAGGAAUUAUUUACGACGAGGACGAGGAGGACGUGGAUUAUACGUACGUUACGAACGAACCGGACGAGGACGAAUCGAUUGAAAUUGAAAAUGAGGAAAUUUUGAAACACGGAGAAGCUGGCAUAACAAUUCCAACGCGAAACAUAGAGCGCGCCGCGCAUCAGAACCAGACGCUCGCGAGUCGGAACAAGACGAUCGACGCGCGAGAUCGGAUUGUGAUCCAAUUUAACGAUACCGCGUCCACCGUCGACGACGAAGCGGACAGUAACGUCUCCAGUGACGUCAGUAUCGACGGCGAUCGUAUUCUGGAAACGACUCUGUUGGACGUGAACACCGAAGGAUUACAGAUUACGACUCAAUUGCCGGAAUCGAUUGAGAAAAUCGCGAAAAACGAUUCCAAAGAAUUGUUCGACCGUCUCAGUUCCGAAUCGGAAGUCGCGUUCGCGAACGAGGAAUUGGAAGCUGCUCCUACUUCAUCGGAGUCGCUGUUGUACGAUCGUACCGAAGAAAAUCCGGCAACGCGGCGGAUCGGCGGCGACGAGAAAUCAUCGAACGCCGAGAAGAAGUUGGUGCGGGAAAAUCCGAGGAACAUCGAGUCGGAUGUCGCCUCGUUCGAUUUCGUACGGAAAUCUACGAUGAAUUUUGACUCGACCGAAGAAGACCGCGUAUUUUUUUCCGACAACAUGAAACAACCGCGUCAAGACGGUUACGUGAGAUUUCCGUCCAACGAGGCCAACAGUAUACACAGUAGUCCAACUUACAAGCAGCAGUAUCCCGUGGACGAUCACAGUUUCUACGGGAGUACCAGCACCAAGAGUAGCGUUCCCGUCCAUCAGAAACCAGUUUACUAUCUGACGAGGUCGAGCUGGAAGCCGGACCGACCGCAACGCGAUCACGUUCCGUCAGCGACAACAAACAAGAGACGGAGGCCAGAGUUGAGCUUCUGGAACAAGAUGCUCCCGCCGAUCCGGGACUCAGCUAUUUAUCCCGUCGAUCAGGUUCCGAACGACCAAGUGGCCGACGAUCAGGUGCAGCAACACCGACUUCUGCGAACGUCACCGUCGUCGCGAAGAAGAAGUUCCUAUUCGGAGAUAUCAUCAUCGGGGAGCACGAUGCUCGCCCAGAAAUAAGAGAACGGAUCGGGUAAUCUUCGUCCUCAUCACGCAGCUUUGUUUGUUUGUUUUUUUUUUUUUUUUU